AUGGCCAAUUGCAGGGACUUCACGGCCCACACAGGCUAUGAGGUGCUACUGCAGCGGCUGCUGGACGGCAGGAAGAUGUGCAAGGACGUGGAGGACCUGCUGCGGCAGAGGGCCCAAGCGGAGGAACGAUAUGGAAAAGAGCUGGUGCAGAUUGCCCGGAAGGCAGGUGGCCAGACAGAGAUCAACUCCCUGAGGGCCUCCUUUGACUCCCUGAAACAGCAAAUGGAGAACGUGGGCAGCUCACACAUCCAGCUGGCCCUGGCCCUGCGUGAGGAGCUGCGGAGCCUUGAGGAGUUCCGUGAGAGGCAGAAAGAACAGAGGAAAAAGUACGAGGCCAUCAUGGACCGUGUCCAGAAGAGCAAGCUGUCACUGUACAAGAAGACAAUGGAGUCCAAGAAGACGUAUGAGCAGAAGUGCCGGGACGCGGACGACGCCGAGCAGGCCUUCGAGCGCAUCAGUGCCAAUGGCCAGCAGAAGCAGGUGGAGAAGAGCCAGAACAAAGCCAAGCAGUGCAAGGAAUCAGCCAUGGAGGCAGAUCGGGUGUACAAGCAGAACAUCGAGCAGCUGGAGAAGGUGCGGGGUGAGUGGGAGCAGGAGCACCGGACCACCUGCGAGGCCUUCCAGCUGCAGGAGUUUGACCGGGUGACCAUCCUGCGUAACUCCCUGUGGGUGCACUGCAACCAGCUCUCCAUGCAGUGUGUCAAGGAUGACGAGCUCUAUGAGGAGGUGCGGUUGACAUUGGAAGGCUGCAGUGUGGAUGCCGACAUCAAUGGCUUCAUCCAGUCCAAGAGCACAGGCACUGAGCCCCCGGCUCCGGUGCCCUACAUGAAUUACUACGAUCGGGAGGUUGCCCCAUCCAGUGGUCCUGGUGUACAGCCUUCCUGUGGCAUGAUAAAGAGGUUCUCCGGGCUGCUGCAUGGAAGUCCCAAGACUACAUCUACCACAGCUCCUGCUGCCUCCACAGAGACCCUGACCUCCACCCCUGAGAGGAAUGAGGUUGUCUACGCUGCCAUUGCAGUGCAGGAUACGCCAGGACUCCUCACCUCACCAGCCCAGGACUACAGGGCACUCUAUGACUACACAGCACAGAAUCCCGAGGAACUGGACAUCUCCACAGGGGACAUCCUGGCAGUCAUCCUGGAAGGGGAGGAUGGCUGGUGGACAGUGGAACGGAAUGGGCAGCGUGGCUUCGUCCCUGGUUCCUACCUGGAGAAGCUCUGA